AUGGGUAUUUGCGGCAGCAAAGAGAAGAAUGACGGCCAAUCGACCGAGAUGGCGCGUCCAUCACAGCCCGCAGCCUCAAAUGCGCCGACACAACAAAACAUCCCAGUGGCCGGAGAAGGUGCGACAGUGAAGGCGCGCAGGUCACCCGAUAACCCGAUUGUGUACUUCGACAUUGCGAUUGGAGGCCAGCCGAUUGGGCGCAUCCAGAUGGAGUUGUUCCUCGAUGUUGUGCCAGCCACUUCAGAGAACUUCAGGCAGUUCUGCACUGGCGAAUCCAACCGUGGCGGAUACAAGGGCAGCACUUUCCACAGAGUUAUCCCGAACUUCAUGAUCCAGGGUGGUGACUUCAUGAACGGAGACGGUACCGGCAGCGCGAGCAUCUUUGGAGGCGAUUCGUUCGACGACGAAAACUUCGAGCUCAAGCAUACGCAUCCCGGUCUUUUGAGCAUGGCGAACUCAGGCCCAAACACCAACGGCUCGCAAUUCUUCAUCCUGACCGCUUCCACACCGCAUCUUGAUCGCAAGCACGUCGUUUUCGGUGAAGUCCUUGAUGGUAUGGAUGUAGUAAAGAAGAUUGAGGCGACAAGGACUGGGCAGGGUGACAAACCAUUGAGCGAUGUCGUAAUCGCUGGAUCGGGGCAGCUGGCUGGCGCAAAGCCUUUGGCUUAA